UCGGAGCAGCAGGCGCAGCGGCCUCGGACUCAGGGAGUGAAUCUCUGUGCGCAGCUCCACUGAUGAGGAUCCGGCAGUGAAGAGCAGACAUGCAUUCUGUGGGCAAGUCGUGGCUGCUGCUGACAGGCUUCAUCCUCUUCUACAUCAUCUACCUGAUGUUCGGAGCCCUGGUGUUCUCCAGCAUCGAGCGGCCGGUGGAGGACAGGCUGCGCCGGGACAUGGACGCGCUGAAGCAGGACUUUCUCAACCAGAGCUGCGUCAACGCCGCGUCGCUGGAACUCUUCCUGGUGAAAGUGCUCACGGCCAACAAGUACGGUGUCUCCGUGCUCAGGAACUCCUCCGUCACCUCCAACUGGGACCUGGCCUCCUCCAUGUUCUUCGCCAACACCCUGGUCACGACUGUGGGUUAUGGUCACACCACUCCUCUGUCCGACACUGGGAAGGCCUUCUCCAUCCUCUACGCCCUGAUCGGCGUCCCCUUCACCAUGCUGGUCCUCACCGCCUGCGUCCAGCGGCUCAUGUUCCCUCUGGUGCUCGCUCCCGUCGGCCUCCUGCAGCGUUCGGGGAUGGAGCCUCGGCCGGCCACCGCCGUCCACUUCCUGUUGCUGCUGGUGCUCGUGGUGCUGUGCUUCUUCUUGGCUCCGGCCGCGGUGUUCAGCACGCUGGAGGUGUCCUGGUCCUUCUUGGACGGCGUGUACUUCAGCUUCAUCUCGCUGUGCACCAUCGGACUCGGGGAUUUCGUUCCGGGGACGGAGCCUGGACAGAAGUACAGGCAGCUGUACCAGGUCUCUGUCAUGGUCUACCUGUUUGUGGGUCUGAUGAUGAUGUACCUCCUGCUGCGCACCUUCCACAAAAUGGCCGACCUGCACGGCCUGACCACCUUCCUGCAGCUGCCGCGCUGCGAGGAGCACGACCAGGACGAGGACCGGGAGCCCAUCGUGGAGGCUCCGCCCUACCUGAUGGACAAGGCCGCCAGUAAACCCCUGGAGCCGGGGUCCCAGCCCUCGUACAACACCAUCAACAAGGGCUGAGCCGUGUGGCGUCGGAGAAAGGAAACAGACGCUCUACCUCUGCCGGUCCCUCGGUCUUAAAGCAGCAAUUAACCCCCCCCUCACCGGUCGGCUGAAUCUGAAUUCUUCUCAUUUUGUUUCCCUACGAAGAGAGCGGAGCGAUAACGAGGAGUUGAGAUGAGAGUUUUGAGAUUCAGCCUCAGUGAGAGGACGGACGGACAGCCUGAUUGGUCGUGACAUCACUUCCUGAACAUGUAAAAGGACUUUGCCAAACUGACGACGGCACAACUGUUCCUGUUAAACACUGGUGUCACACAGAAUCUCCUCCAAGUCGCAUAUGAACCAGAACUGUAUCUACCUGGUGGUUUGGUUGAUUUUUAUCCUGCGUGUUUCUUUUGUUUUCUUGUCACGUGUAUUUUUGUGCCGUAGGAUUGUGUCGCUCGUUCAGGACCAACAAAUAUCUCAUUCAUAAAACAGCUGAAACUUAAACUUUGCAUUUUAUGAAAAUUGUAUCUAAUCUGUAGUUGUUUUUCUUUGAGGGGCGUGUAUCGCUAGCUCCUCCUCUUUAUAUGUGACACGUGCACAUCAUGGUCCAGACGCCUCCAGACUCUUCACUGCACUGUCAACUCGUGUUUCUGAUUCUCGGGCUGGUUCGGCCUAAUGAACUAAUUAGUCUGUUGCUAUUUCAGGUCUAAAAUACUGUUCUCAUUGGGAUCUGAGCUUUUUAGAUGUGGGACCUGUUUCUUAUUCAAUCAGAUUUCAUUUGAAAACAUUGCAACAGUCUCAAACAGGGAAGAAACUACAGAGGAACCGUGUGUUUGCUGCAAGACAUGUUCUGUCCUCCUUUAUGGUGCCGCCCCCUGGUGUCUGCAUGUGUGCAGUGCCACGCCUCCAGAACAGUAGCUAAUAAAUAGGGUUAAAGGGUCGCAAAAGAGGGACUGCAGAGGAGAAGAGGAUGGAAAAGAAGUGUGGAUGAAAAACCAAAUGUUUCUGUAAAGUGUGAUUCAUAGUGCAUGGAUCUGAUCCAUCAGAGGAGAAACGAACACUUGAAAUGCACUUUAAUGUUCACACGAGUUGUUGUAGUCGAGCAGGUUAAUUACAUCCUGAUACUGUAACAUGAAGUUGUUCAUGUGUAUGUUGUAGUUUAUUAAUGUCAUGUAUUCAUAUUGGAAAAAUAAAUUAAAUUUAAAAAGUC